UUGGGCUGAGUGAGAAAUCAAUCGCUGAAGAUAUCGCAUUCACUGGGGAAACUGGUCUUACUCUGAGAUUCUAUAGCUAGGUCCCAUUAGGCUCAGUGCUUAUCUACAGGUAGCCUCCCGCCGCCCCCCGGUCUGGAGCAGUGAGCCCAAGAAGGAACAGUCUGGCUGUGGUCUGCUGCUCAGUGUUGCUUAGCAAACUAUAGCUGGCACCAUGGCGUUGUCGUACAAGAAGGACCUGGACAAGUACAAGGAUCUCGACGAAGAUGAAAUCCUCAACAAACUGUCGGCGGAGGAGCUCAAACAGCUGGAGACAGCCCUCGAGGAGAUGGAUCCUGAGAAUGCUCUUCUCCCAGCAGGUUUACGUCAGAAGGACCAGACGAGCAAGGACGCUACAGGACCAUUCAACAGGGAUAGUCUGCUCAAAUACCUGGAGAAGGAAGCCAUGGAAUACAAGGACAGAGAGGAUAUAGUCCCCUUCACUGGAGAGAAAAAAGGUAAAGUAUUUGUUCCUAAGCAGAAACCAAUAGAAAUGCGCCAAGAAGAAGUCACAACCCUGGAUCCAGAACUGGAGGAAGCCCUGUCCAGCGCCACAGACACAGAACUGUGUGAUCUAGCAGCGAUCCUGGGUGUUCACACGCUGGUCACGAGCAGUCAGACAUAUGAUGGGACUGGAGCUAAGGAGGGUUACAACAAUGUGAUCAAAGGGGAGAAGAUGAAUCCGGUGUUUGAUGAACCUCCCAAUCCCACUAAUGUAGAAGAAACCCUGCAGAGGAUAAAAAGCAACGACAGCUCCUUAACAGAGGUCAACCUCAACAACAUUAAGAACAUUCCCAUUCCCACUCUGAAGGACUUCGCCAAAGCCAUGGAGAAGAACACGCAAGUCAAGAAGUUCAGCCUGGCAGCGACACGGAGCAACGACCCAAUCGCUGUGGCGUUCAGCGACAUGCUGCGGGAGAACAAGACGUUGCGAAGUUUGAACUUGGAGUCCAACUUCAUCACUGGGGCGGGGGUGCAGGCUUUGGUGGAUGCGUUGCGAGACAAUGACACACUCACCGAGAUCAAGAUAGACAACCAGAGGCAGCAGCUGGGUACGACUAUAGAGAUGGAGAUAGCUAAAAUGUUGGAAGAGAACAACAGCAUAGUCAAGUUUGGCUACCACUUCACCCAGCAAGGACCUCGCUCCAGAGCUGCCGCAGCUAUCACCAAGAACAACGACCUGGUCCGCAGGAAGCGAGUGGAAGGUGACCUGUAGGAACGGAGCCCACGCUGUCUCCCAGCCAAUCCUGUUUGUUUUUCAUCUCACCAUGUGGAAUAAUUUCAGCCAAUGCCCUGGUCUCAUCUCACUGUGUGGAAACUUUAGUCUUGUGCCAAACUGUGGGGCAAGGCACGCUCAACCAGAACAAACAUCUGAGAAGAAGGGAAAUAACUGGAAUUGCCCUCUCCCAUUCACAUGUUCAUACCUUUGUUUAUUAUUAUGUUGUUAUUGAAGGUGUAAAUCUGAUAAAUUUUUAGUCAUUUCAUUUCAGCUAUUCCUUUGUUUGAGCCUUUAUAUGAUCUGUCCAGACUUUUUACUUGCUUUUUUUCCUUUUAUACCAUUCUAUAAUCAUGUGUAAUAAACAUGAACAUUACCAAGUAACAGAAACAACAAUAACAUCUUUGUAAAAACGAUAACUAACAUUGAGAAAAUCCUGUAUCCUCUACCAUGAUAGUUUGCUAUUGAGGCUUAAGCUUCCCAGCUUGAACCAACAGAAUUAGUCAUUAGGGUGAUGGGAAUAGCUCUGAGGCCACGACUACUGGCCUGCAAACCCUGUCUGACUGUACCGCUGCCUGCUACCACGUAAUAACUGUCAGCACGGUGCAGUAAUGGUGAGAUCACUGUUGUACAUUUCAUGAGCAGUGUGGUUUGCAGAUGUCGUUGAGUUGCCUUGUAAAGCCAGCAUGACUGUCGGGCUGGUGUGCGUAAUGGUGGGUGUGUGCAAGAAGUUUCUUAGUUAGUGCUGGCCUUAUACUGUAGUCAGCCUAAGAGAGGAUGCUUGACUUAGAUACUGUUGGCUCGUCCCCUCAUAUAAUACUGUAAGUAUCAGUGCAUACUGUUUUAUAUUGCUUUCCAGAUUCAUUCUAACUAAAUCUUGUUUUGGCAAAUUCUGAUGUGGGUUAAUGUGAUCACUUGUAUGUCUUAACAGGAAAUUCUAACUAGGUUUUGUUAUUUCAGAUCAAGUAAAAGUUCGAUUAUACUGUAAAAAGAACAGGAUAUCAACUCCAUGCUAGACUGAAGAGGCUUUGACCUGCUGUCACAAAUAAUGUUAUAAAUGUCAGGUCAGCAUGCGAGGUUUCUCUGAUGCUUAACCAUGCCAAAGACUAACACAUGCAGUGCUUAAAGUAUCAAUAUUGGACUCAGUGGUUAUUGGUUCAGGACUUGGCUUUGUUAGCUACAGUCACUUCCUCACAAUACAGAUCUGGGAAAGGAGUCUGUGUGUUGACAACAAUGACCUAGACAUUUUUAUUUUCUUUUUUUUAGAUUUUUACCAUGCCAUUACAUUCCUAUUUGUGGGCCAUUUAUGGAUAAAUAUUCACCAAGUAGUUCAAUGAGAUGUGAGGAAGGGUUGGCAAAUAGUUUGUGUGAAACUUCUCAGUUUUACUUCUCAGGUUGCGACUACUUGUGAAAUGUUUCUAUGAACGGCACCUCUCCACAGAUAUUAAAUUUUACUUCUCCUUCUCCCUCACACAAUCACUUUCACUUGGCUUUCAGCAGCAUCUGAGCAGUAGCAUGUCAUUCAUUGUGCAACAGAUGACAGCAUGCGAUGUGUGCCUCAAACGGAACUGGUACACUGACUUGCUUGAGAUGGGAAUAACAGGACUAAUUCAGGAGUUACUUGAAACUUGUAUAUACUGUUUAUGUGUAAUAGGAACAAUAUGCUGGCAUGAAGUCAUCAAUUGUGUGAACAUCAUGUUUCUAUCGACCAAAAAUGUUCAUCUUAACAGCCUCACAUUCCUGGAACAAGACUAGUAUGUUUUAUAUCUGUGUACUUCUUCCAUGACCAUAUCUGCGAGUAUUUCUUGCUGAACCUUUUUGUUUUUACGUUACUGUGCUUUGCUGGUGGACAGUCAGCUAAAGUGGAAAACUGCUUCUUUGCUUGGGCUUGUUAAUAAUAUUCUGUGAUUCAUAAUAUUGUAUGUAUAUUAAUUGUAAAAUGCCAUCUCAAAUUCACACACAUGCACACACCUUUAUGUGUGUACCACAUAAAUCUACACAACUCACUGCUGAGAUUUUUUUUGUACCUUAAAUCAAAACCCAGGUGUAGACUCAACAUAAGGAAUAUGUACUAUUACAAAACCACAAGACUGGUAAAACGCACUGCUGAAUAUAAGACAUCCUCAACAAUAAAUGUUUUUAUGUA